GGAGUUUCCGGUCAGUGGGUACAGCCGCUUACGGAAGCUGACUCUCCGCGUGGGCGGGAGGGCGUCCCGCGUCUGGCGAGGGGCGGUGCCCACACCUUCCUUCAAGUUAGAUGUUGACGGUGCUUCAAGGAGGGCGGAGAGACCUGAGGGAACCUUAAAACAUGAAGGUCCUCUUUCUGUUCGCUGUUCUCUUCUGUUUGGUCCAAAUGAACUCAGGGGACAUUCCACCUGCAAUCAGAAAUGUUAUCUGUUUUAUGCAACAUGGACCCUGCAGACUUUUUUUCUGCUAUUCUGAUGAGAAAAAAGCUGAAAUCUGCUCUGAUCCCUGGAAUAGGUGCUGCAUACCACACACAGAGGAAGAAAAAAAUAAAUAAAUACAGUAAACCAGAGAUGGAUGGCGGAUCUAGCACCUAAAAUAGUCUCAGAGGGGCUUCCCUGGUGGUGCAGUGGUUGAGAGUCUGCCUGCCGAUGUAGUGGACACGGGUUCGUGCCCCGGUCUGGGAG